AUGUUAGAUUUAUUAAGAUUACAAUUAACAACAUUCAUUAUGAAUGAUGUACCAACACCUUAUGCAUGUUAUUUUCAGGAUUCAGCAACACCAAAUCAAGAAGGUAUUUUAGAAUUACAUGAUAAUAUUAUGUUUUAUUUAUUAGUUAUUUUAGGUUUAGUAUCUUGAAUGUUAUAUACAAUUGUUAUAACAUAUUCAAAAAAUCCUAUUGCAUAUAAAUAUAUUAAACAUGGACAAACUAUUGAAGUUAUUUGAACAAUUUUUCCAGCUGUAAUUUUAUUAAUUAUUGCUUUUCCUUCAUUUAUUUUAUUAUAUUUAUGUGAUGAAGUUAUUUCACCAGCUAUAACUAUUAAAGCUAUUGGAUAUCAAUGAUAUUGAAAAUAUGAAUAUUCAGAUUUUAUUAAUGAUAGUGGUGAAACUGUUGAAUUUGAAUCAUAUGUUAUCCCUGAUGAAUUAUUAGAAGAAGGACAAUUAAGAUUAUUAGAUACUGAUACUUCUAUAGUUGUACCUGUAGAUACACAUAUUAGAUUUGUUGUAACAGCUGCUGAUGUUAUUCAUGAUUUCGCUAUCCCAAGUUUAGGUAUUAAAGUUGAUGCUACUCCUGGUAGAUUAAAUCAAGUUUCUGCUUUAAUUCAAAGAGAAGGUGUUUUCUAUGGGGCAUGCAGUGAAUUGUGCGGGCUGGGACAUGCCAACAUACCAAUUAAAAUUGAAGCAGUAUCAUUACCUAAAUUUUUGGAAUGAUUAAAUGAACAAUAA